AAAUUCGUGAUAAAACCUACACCUACAGUAUAAGCUAGAAUAGAAUAAUACGACCGCCAUAUAAACUGCUUUCAUUUCAAUCCUUUUCCUCUUUCUGGUAUUUUCUCCUUUCUUCGGGUGCCUCUCGUUCAAACAACCACCCUUUGUCACUGAGAAAGAAGAGAGAAAGAACUUCUCCAUAUCUAUGCGUAAUACACGUCUUCUUCCAUUCACUCAUAAACACUGGCAUAUAGUAUAUCGGCAUAUAUGUAUCAACGGAAGAUUCCUUUUUUUUUUUAGGUUUGCAGUCCAAUUAUUUUAAGUGGCGGUGGAAGCUAAUUCAAUUUCCUACAUUAUUUUCUUGGCUUUUAAUUGUUUGUUCGACUCUUAGUCUACCAAGAAUACUGAAUAACGUUUCUUUUUUUCAUCGUCGAUCGGCUUCCAGUUGAAAUUUAAUUUGGGUUUCAUCUUGUAUUGAACCAGAGGCGGCUACCGAUCAUAAUACUCAGCAAAACCAUCAGCCCAGGUACUAGCACAAGAAAGUCAUGGUACUCGAUCAUUUCUUUCCGUAUCUAUAGUUUCUGGAAUACUAUUUGUUUUUUCGUUUCCAUUUUCACAUGGUUUGUAUCAGUGCCAGAUUUGUUUGUGCUAGCAGUUUCGCUAAUCAUGGAGUAUAUAUUUUUUACUUUUUUUUGGGGCUUUCUAUUUGCAUCAAAAGGUGAGUAGUCCAAUAGUGCGAAUGGGGGGAGAGGAGGAUAUGGGUCCGCCAUGGUUGAAACCAAUGCUGAAAGCCAGCUACUUCAAUUCAUGUGCAACUCAUGGGGAUUCCAAUAAAAGUGAAUGCAACAUGUACUGCUUGGAUUGCAUCGGAAAUGCUUUUUGUUCUUACUGUUUGAUCCACCACAAAGACCACCGCGUCCUUCAGAUAAGACGGUCAUCUUACCAUAACGUGGUGAGGGUAAAUGAGAUACAAAGGUACAUAGACAUUUCUUGUGUCCAGACGUACAUCAUUAAUAGCGCCAAGAUUGUGUUCUUAAAUGAGCGGCCUCAGCCAAGGCCUGGAAAGGGAGUCACCAACACUUGUGAGAUUUGUGGGCGAAGUCUCCUCGAUUCCUUCAAGUUCUGCUCUCUCGGCUGCAAGCUUGGAGGUAUGAAGCGUGGUGAUCCAGAGCUGACAUUCACCUUGAGGCUAAAGCACAAUAGGGAUGCAUUACGUGGCGGAUUUGAAUCUGAUGAGUCGUCAACCCCAACAAAGAUAUGCAGGAUGCAUAUUUUUAAUCGCUUGGUGGCUGGUCCUACUAUUUCAUCUGAUGAUGGCUGCAAUGAUGGUGGUGGCGGUGACAAGUUCUCGUACUAUACUUCUGGAGAUGAGGAGGCUACGAACUCCAUUUCUCCUGCCACUCCUCCCAUCUUCAACCAUCGGAAUUCCAGAAGGAGAAAGGGCAUCCCUCACCGUUCACCAUUUUGAUCAAGGAACAUAAACAACUCAGUAUCCACAUCAAUCGCGGCUUGGGGGUUUCAUGACACGGUACAAAGAAAAGGAAUGAUGUUAUGUUUGUUAGUACUAAUCAAUACUUGUGAAUGGUAAAAGAAACAUAGGAAAGAACAAAAGGCAAAGUAAAUUGUGGAAAUGCUUGGUGUAAAUAUAUUUGCAUAUAGGUGAAGAUACAUUCCAUAUACUAUGCAUUAUUACUGUCCUCUGUCCAAAUUAUAGAUAGUAUGUAGAUGUAGAUUAUAAGUUGUGCACUGUGGGUAUGGAAGGACAAUAGAAAUAUUGUAUUGUGACAUGUACAGAAGUUCUAUUCCUGUGUGUGUGUAUAUAUAUAUAGGUAGUGUUUGUAAA